GAAUUCCAGCGAGCAAUAGAGUACCACGAGCAAGCGCUGAGCAUUGCCCAGGAAAUCGGUAACAGGAAAGGAGAAGGACGUGCCUAUGGUAAUCUCGGCUGUGUUUAUGGCUCCCUCAGCGAAUUCCAACAAGCAAUAGAGUACCACAAGAAAAGCCUGAGUAUUGCCCAGGAAAUCGGUAACAGGGAAGGAAAAGGAGGUGUCUAUAAUAAUCUCGGCAAUGCUUAUGAAUCCCUCAGCGAAUUCCAACAAGCAAUAGCGUACGACAAGAAAAGCCUGAGUAUUGCCCAGGAAAUCGGUAACAGGGAAGUAGAAGGAGGGGCCUAUUGUAAUCUCGGCUUUGCUUAUGAAUCCCUCAGCGAAUUCCAACAAGCAAUAGAGUACCAGAAGGAAAGCCUGAGUAUUGCCCAGGAAAUUGGUAACAGGGAAGUAGAAGGAAGUGCUUAUGGUAAUCUCGGCUGUGCUUAUGAAUCCCUCAGCGACUUCCCAAAGGCAAUGGAGUACCACAAGAAACACCUGACCAUUGCCAAUAAAGUCGGUGACAGGGUAGGAGAAGGGAUUGCCUAUAGUAAUCUAGGCGAGAUUCAUAGUUCCCUCGGGGACUAUCAACGAGCAAUAGGGUGCUACAAGCAAUGCCUGAGUACUGCCAAGAAAUUCGGUUACGAGAAAGGAGAAGAAGUUGCCUAUUGCCAUCUCGGCGCAGCUUAUUAUAAUCUCAAAGACUAUAAAGAGGCACUAGAGUACUUUAAGGAACACCUGAGAAUUGCCGAGGAAAUCGGUGACAGGAAGGGAGAAGGAUGCGCCCAUAACGGCCAGGGUCGAUCUCUAUUACCAUUAGGUUUUUUGAAUGACGCUUUACAUCACUUUAGAUGCAGUGUAAAAAUCUUUGACACAAUAAGAGCCAAUUUUAUUUCCGAAGAUGUAUCGAAAAUAAGUUUCCGUACGAGCCAUCAAUCUGCCUAUACUCAUUUAUGGCAGGUUUUACUAUCUCUUAAAAGGAGUGAUGAGGCUUUAUACGCUGCUGAGAGAGGACGGGCACAGGCUUUGCUCGAUGCCUUAAAAGAAACUUAUGGCCUUACAUCACUUUCUCCCAGGUCAAUUGAAUCUGAAGAAGAAGUCAUAAAUAUUUCAAAGAAGACAACUGUGUCAACAGUUUUUUUUGCCCUGGAAAAGAACCUACUCAGCAUGUGGGUAUUGCGAAAAGAAGGCAACCCUAUCUUUAGGGGACUGAAAUUACCAGCAAUUGGAAAAGAGCACAAAGAUUCCUUUUCUCUCCUUUUAGACAAUGUUUUAAAAUCCAUUGGGGCUGGCAGAGGUAUCAGGUGCGAAAAUCGGUCAAUGGAUAAGCUGAGUACAACAACUUCAACUACUCGAGACGAAAAUUAAGCAUCGGAGGCAUCACAGGAGACCACCGACUGUUUGCAGCUAUUAUAUAAUGUACUUAUUGGUCCCAUUGAAAACUUGCUUGAUGGUGAUGAACUAAUUGUAGUUCCUGAUGGCCCUUUGUGUAAAGCUCCUUGGGCAGCCCUGAGUGAAACUUUAAGGAUCCGCACUGUUCCCUCACUGACAAGUUUGAAAGUCAUCACAGAUUCUCCAUCUGGACGCCACGUUAAAAGUGGAGCCCUGCUUGUCGGGGAUCCGUGUUUGGAGAAAGUUACAAAUAAACGGGGGGAGCCUAUUUAUGAUCCGCUGAAGUACGCAAGAAAGGAAGUGGAGAUGAUUGGAGAAAUUCUAGAGAGUAAACCAUUAACAGGUGAAGACGCAACCAAAGAAGCGGUUCUUCAGGGAAUCGGGUCAGUUGCUUUGAUUCACAUCGCAGCCCACGGAAGAAAGGAAACUGGAGAAAUUGUUUUGGCCCCAGACCCCCGAUGGGAAUCCAAGCCUCCUAAGGAGGAGGACUGCAUUAUGAAAAUGUCUGACAUACAAGCUGUUAAGCUGAGAGCGAGACUGGUUGUGCUAAGUUGCUGCCACAGUGGUCAAGGAGAGGUCUCGUCUGAGGGUGUGGUCGGUAUGGCACGUGCUUUCUUGUUUGCUGGUGCUCGUUCCGUGCUGGCGACACUCUGGGCAAUUGAUGACGAAGCCACAAUGACGUUUAUGAAAUCUUUCUACCAACAACUUGCAAGUGGAGAAAGUGCAAGUGUUGCUCUUCAGAGGGCCAUGAAAUGUCUUCGAGACUCCCACGAUUAUUCUGCUCCAAAGUACUGGGCUCCAUUUGUUCUGAUGGGCGAUGACGUUAAGAUUGAAUUGGAAAAAUAG